GGUAACUUCACAUGAGGUGACCUGACUUCCUCGACCAUAUGCUCGUCUGCCCUCGAGAGUCUUCUCCCCUCAACGCAGUUCGACUCCCUCCUUCGAUUGGAACCGGCGACAUCAAAACGGAGAUCGAUCUGUGACAAUUUUAGGGCUUACGCUUCUGCUAGUUUGAGUCGAUGGGGCACUCGAGUUUCUUCUAGGGUUUUUGUUCUUUUACCGUCCACAUGGAAUCGAGUCCCUCGGCGAAGAAGACAGGAGGCGGCAGCCUCGAUCUCAACUCCGUCGCCAGCGAACAGCCGGAAACCCUCGCCAGUCCCGUGGAUUUAGGUUCGGGCGCGUUGGAAGUCGGAGCGAGGGAUGAUGCAUCCGCUGUUGGGCGUCGUAACGUCGUCGGAGAACAAGCGGAGGAAGUUGGUGUAGAACAGGAUGGUGUCGAGAAGAAAGAUAGUAUGGCCGGUGAAGAAGUGGUCCAAGCUGCUGGAGGAGAGCGCGGAAAUGGAUAUUCUGGCGCCGUCGAUGUUGGCGAUGUGAAGGAUGUGGUCGAGGCCACUGAUGCUAAGGACACAGAAGAUAGAGGAGAGGGUGCUGAAGCUGAGGCCGGUGAGGUGAAUGUCGCUGUCGAAGUUAAACCUUGGUAUGAAGACGCCGAUGUGGUUGAUGAGAAGGCGACGAUCGAAGGGGAUACUGUUAGUCAAGAGAUGGCUUCCAAUGUUGGUAGGGAGGCUGGUGGUGGUGAAGAUCAAGAUGUGAAGGUCGGUGAACAAGAAUCGACAGCUAGGAGGAAGAGGGGAAGGCCCCGGAAGUUGGUAAACAAAGGAGACUCUGUUAGUCAAGAUGUUGGUAGGAAAGCUGGUACCGAUACUCUCAGCAGUGAAGAACAAGUAUUGUCGGCAAAGCGAAUGAGGGGAAGGCCACGUCGUGCUGUCACUGCAUGUAUUGAUGAAGCUUAUCGUCACUAUCACUUUCAGGAAGAGAAGAAGGAUCCAUUUGCUGCUUCUAAUUUGGUGUGGGGUAAGGUGAGGAGCCAUCCCUGGUGGCCCGGCCAGAUUUUUGAUCCUUUGGAUGCGUCCGAAAUGGCAUCCAACAUUCAGAAGAAGGAUCAUCAUCUGGUUGCAUAUUUUGGAGAUAGAACAUUUGCUUGGUGCGAUGACUCGAGGUUGAAGCCUUUCCAGACACACUUCUCACAGAUGGAGAAACAGAGCAGUAUGGAUGCAUUUGUAAGCGCCAUCAGUGAUGCGCUCGAAGAGGUGUCACGGCGUAUUGAGUUGGGAAUGACAUGCCAUUGUUUUAUGGAUGAAACUUACGCUAGGGUCAGCGACCAAAAGGUUGAAAAUGCUGGUAUACGGAAAGAAACAUGUAUCUCUGCCAUUGACAAGUCUUGGAUCGUAAGCUCCUUUGAUACUGUUGGACUCCUCGACCGCAUCCAAACAUUAGCACGGUUCCCAUAUGGAACAGUUGAUAGGUUGGAGCUUGCGAUAACCAAGUCCCUGUUGAAGGCCUUUUAUCACUCAAAGGGAUAUCCCGAACUACCUGUAUUCGUUUAUGGUGAAGGACUAGGGGACAACGUCGAAGGUUCACCAACUAAGAGAAGAACAUCUGGUAAAGAUGUUGCUGAUCCCUCAACUCCAACUUUGUCAGAUACUGCUUCCAGAAAGGGGAAGUCAAGAGUUAGAGGGAGUUCAUUCAGAAAAGACAAACAUAUAGUUGAGCAUGGUAGAAAAAAGAAGAGCUUGUCUGAAUUGAUGGAAAAGAGUAGCGAACAUCAUGAUGCAGAUGGUGAAAAAAGUGGAUCCGGAGGAAAUGCAUCUUCUCUUUCAUCUCACAAAGAACUUGAGGUUGCUGAUUCUGAUGGUGUUGAAUCCGGGAAGAGCAAGAAAAAAAAGCUUGACUCUUUAGGGGAUUUGACAACUAUGUCGCAGAUUUCCAGGUCCAAAAAGCAGCCUAAGUUUGGAGAAUGUAUGCGUCGAGUGGCAGGACAGAUGUCAGGGCCACCCCCCAUGCUUAAAUUGAGUGGUAAAUCAGUAACAAAACCCCCAACCAUACUGAGCCAUAGAAAAGGUGGCAUUCCAAGGGACUAUUCCUCCCCAGGUGAGAUGCUUUCACAGCUCUGCUUAGUUGCGAGGGAUCCGUUGGGGGGGUAUGAUACCCUGUCUUCAACAGUGAGUUUCUUCACUGAUUUUCGAAAUGGGACCAUUCCCAGUAUUUCAAUGGAUGAAAAACAUAAAGGGACAGUUGCAGGUAAAAGGGAUAGGAGAAAAUCCACAAGUUUCACGGCAGCCUUUUCGGAAAAAUUGGACUAUAUGCAGGAUUCGUAUUGGUCAGACAUUAUUGUAAGUGAUGAAGAAAAUUUAGUGUCAAGUGGGCAGAAAAGCGAACGAGAAUCUCAGAGCAAGCGGCAAAAAGAUCAGCAUCCUGAAGAUGAAUCAGCACUUUUACUUACCUUGAGUUCCCUGCCAGAUACCAAACAGCAUUUACAGGAUGAUUCCACGAAUACUAAUAAUGUGAAAGAAAUGCAAGAUGCAAGGACCACUGGAAAGAGUUCACUGGUUUGUUCCUCAAAUCCUAAUAGCAUGCAGGAAGUGGAAUGUGAAGGACCCACUAGCAAUUUGCAAAAUGAUAUUGAUGAAUGCAUGCCGACUGCACUGGUUUUGACCUUUAGUGAGGCAUCUUCUAUUCCCGCUGAAGCUGAUCUCAUUAAGUUAUUUGGGCGAUAUGGGCCCCUUGUGGAGGCAGAAACCGAGGUUACAAAGUCAAAAAAUCAUGCUAAAAUUGUCUUCAAGAGGCGCAGUGAUGCAGAAGUUGCUUUAAGCAAUGCUGGAAAAUACAGUAUCUUUGGGCACACCCUUGUGAGCUACAGACUUAGGGUUUUGGAGGUAGAACCAAAAGCUUCUCUGAGUAGCACGCCACUCAGCGAGCAAGAUGCCUUGCCUGUCGCCUGAUGCAAAUGUUUCAGAUAAUAAUGGAGCUAUUCAGAGAACAUGAAUGUUGAAGUGAACACAUUAUUAAAAUGAGCUGCUGACUUGGGUGACCAGUUUUUUUUUAAUAUUGUUUAGUUUGUUGAGGGGUCACAAUAUCCUUGUUCUGUGGAAUUUAUAUGGUUUAGAGGACAAACGCAAUGAUGAUAAGAGCCAAUUGUUGAUCAUGUAUAUAGCCAUCUUUAAAGUUCUGAAGUGACAUUUUCUUCUCUAAGCUUGUUUGGUUUGUGUUAUUUUCUGUUGCUGAAAAUGAACGGAACAAAGUUAUAAUGUAAAACACAGAGCUACUAUAACUGUGACUUGGAGUUGGUCUUUUA